CGGCGGCGGCGGGGCCGGGCCCAGGGCCAUGAGCUGGGCCCGGGAGCGGAGGCCACAGCCCAGACAGAGGGAGGAGACGACGGCGGCGGCGGCGGUGGCGGCGGCGCUUGAGCCCAGGACUAGAGCCAAGACCCCCCCUCCCCCACUACUCCAUGUUGACCUCGUCCGCAGGCCGUCGCCAUGGCGCCUCCGGCGGAGGUGAGCGACCCGGCGCACGCCCCGGCCCUCCUGCGCCAGCUGAACGAGCAGCGGCUGCACGGCCUCUUCUGUGACGUGACCCUCAUCGCGGGCGACACCAAGUUCCCGGCGCACCGCAGCGUCCUGGCCGCCUCCAGCCCCUUCUUCCGCGAGGCCCUGCUGGCCCCUCCGGCCCCGCCCCCGCCCGGCGGCCCGGCCCCGCUCCCGCCGGCCCGGGUCCUGGAGCUGCCCGGCGUCCCCGCCGCCGCCUUCUCCGACGUCCUCAACUUCAUCUACAGCGCCAGGCUGGCCCUGCCGGGCGACGACGCGGGCGCCGCCCAGAUCGAGGCCCUGGGCCGCCGGCUGGGCAUCCCCCGCCUGCAGGAGCUUGGGGACGGGGACCCCUGGGGGGACCCGGCCGGGGGCGAGGACGAGUGGGCCGGCGACGAGCCCGGCACCACCAAGACGCCGCCGCCGCCACCGCCGCCCCAGGCCGCCCCGACCGCCCCCCGCCUGCCCCGGCCCCGCCGGCCCCUCUCCUGCCCCCGCUGCGGCAAGGGCUUCAUCCACGCCAAGAGGCUGCAGACGCACGAGACCCAGUGCCGGAGGAGCGCCGGCCGGGCGGCGGGGGCGGGCGGCACGGACCCCGGCCCCGCCGCCGCCGCCCCCGAGCCCGCAUCCGCGCCCCCGCCGCCUCCGCCGCCGCCGCCCGCCCCGCCCCUGGCUGCGGCCGCCUACCGGGCCGGGCAGGAGCACCUGGUCAAAGUGGUCGGGGGUCACCUGUUGUACGUCUGCGCCGCUUGCGAGCGCAGCUACGUCACCCUGUCCAGCCUGAAGCGCCACGCCAACGUCCACUCCUGGCGCCGCAAGUACCCCUGCCGCUACUGCGAGAAGGUCUUCGCCCUGGCUGAGUACCGCACCAAGCACGAGGUCUGGCACACCGGAGAGCGGAGGUACCAAUGCAUCUUUUGCUGGGAGACUUUUGUCACCUAUUACAACCUCAAGACCCACCAACGCGCCUUCCACGGCAUCAGCCCGGGCUUCCUGGCCAGCGAGAAGACACCCAACGGCGGCUACAAGCCCAAGGUCAACACCCUCAAGCUUUACCGCCUGCUGCCCAUGCGGGCCCAGAAGCGGCCCUACAAGACCUACAGCCAGGGCGGGCUGCCCCCGCCGGUCGCCCCCUCCGCCCUGGGGCCCCCCGCCCCCGGGGACCCCCAGCCGCCUCCGCCGCCGCCGCUGCCGCCCCCGCCGCCCGCCGUCCAGGAGCCCCGGCCCGAGCCCGGGGCGGCCCCGACGGUCAUCACCUUCGGCCGCCCGGCCCCGUCGGUCAUCGUGCACAGCGGGGCCGUGGCCGGGGUGGGGGCGGGGCCCGUGGCGGCCGCCCCGGCCCCCGCCCUGCCCGGGGGCCAGGCCGCCUCGGUCAUCGCCUACAGCUGCCCCCCGCGACCACCCAAGAAGCGGGAGUACCCGCCCCCCGCGGGCCCGGCGGCGGCGGGGACGACCACCGCCACGCCGACGGCGGCGGCGGCGGCGCCGACGGCGGGAACGACCGAGGAGGGCCCGGAGCCCAAGGCCCGCGGCGGCGCCCGCCCCGCCCGCACCCUCACCUACACGGCCAAGCCGGCGGGCGGCGGGGCCGGCGAGGGCCGCGGCGGCGGGGGCGGAGGCAGCGCGCCGGGCGGCUCCGGCGGGCCCCCGCCGCUCUGCCAGAUCACCGUGCGGAUCGGCGAGGAGGCCAUCGUCACCCGGCGGAUCUCGGAGACCGACCUGCGGCCCGACGAGGCGCGGGACCGCGGGGGCGGCGGGGAGAGCGAGGACGAGGAGAGCGAGCGGGAGGCCGGCGGGGACGGGGACGAGCUGUGGCGGCCCUACUACUCCUACAAGCCCAAGCGUCGGGGCUGCGGCGGGGGGCCCCCCAAGGUCCGCCGGGCCCCCCGCGGCUGGCGGCGGAGGCUGGAGCGGCGGGCCCCCGCCGCCGCCGACGACGACUGGGAGGACGACGGGGCCGGGGCCGAGGCGGGGGCCGGGGGCGAGGCCUCCCCGGCGGGGCGGGCCGGCGACUGGAAGCACCAGUGCGGGGCCUGCGGCAAGAGCUUCUCGGCCCUGAAGAAGCUCCGCAAGCACCAGGAGGCCCACGGGGGCUCCCAGGCACCCCGCGCCGGCCGCAAGCCGUCGGCCCGCUUCGCCUGCCCGCACUGCGCCAAGGUGUGUAAGACGGCGGCCGCCCUGGGCCGGCACGCGCAGCGGCACGCCGGGGAGCGCGCACCCCCGGGCGGGGGCGGCGGAGCCCCCACCGCCGUCAUCGCCUACACCAAGGGCGCCGGCGGCGGGGCCGGCCCGGGGAGCGGGGCCUCGGGCGCCGAGGGGCCGGGCGUCAAGGAGGAGGAGGCCCCGCAGGAGAUGCACGUGUCGUCGUCCAGCGGGGAGGCCGGCCAGGGCGAGGCGGCGGCGGGCGAGGCGGCCUCCCUGCAGGACCCCGUCAUCUCGGGCGGCGAGGAGCCCGCCGGCUACCCGCCGCAGGAGUUCCCGCUCCCCCUCGUGGGGCCCCGGGCGCGCCGGGAGGGCUGCGCGGUGGCGGCGGCGGUCGAGAAGGGCGGCGGCGGCGGCAGCGGCGGGGGUGGGUACCCCAGCGCCAUCCAGUUUGGGGGCGCCGGGGACGGGGAGCCCGGGCCCAAGAUGGCCUUCUACCCGGAUCCCUACCCCCUGGUCUACGGGCCGCAGCUCCUGGCCGCCUACCCCUACAACUUCGGCAACCUGGCCGCCCUCCCCGUGGCCCUCAACAUGGUCCUGCCCGACGAGAAAGGUGGGGCCCUGCCCUUCCUCCCGGGGGUCUUCAGCUACGCCGUCAACCCCCGGGCCGCCCCCACCCCGCCGCCCCCCGUGCCCCCGACCGCUCCCCUCCCGCCCCCCGGGCGGCCCGGCGGGGAGGGGGCGGGAGGAGGGGGACGGAGCGAGUCUUUGCCCCCGCCAGGAGGGUCUUCUUCCCUGCCCCGCUCAGGGUCUCCUGAGAGGUCUCCCCGCACCUUCUCCCAAGGGGAAGACGGUGGCAUCACCCGUGCUCUGACCAGUCUGUUGGAUGUUUCCCGACCCCGCGGGGAGGGAGGGAGAGAGAACGUGGUGUCCCAGGAGUUCCCCGUUAAACCCCAGUAG